ACUUCAACCUCACAACUUCAAAUGAGGAGUCAAUUUUUAACAAGAAAACAAAAUGAAAGCUACCCACUACCUACUAAGACAACAGUUUAUAUAUUUGUUGAUUGAUGAACAUUCUUAGCCUAGCAAAUGGAACCAACAAAUUAUUAUAAGGGCAAUGAAAUAAUCAGUUGGUUCGAAGAAACCGUCGAAAACGUGGCCGCUAUACAGCGGCAGACGCUUCGACGGAUUCUUGAACUCAACCAUGGUGUUGAGUAUCUCAAGAAAUGGCUUGGAGAUAUUAGACUUCAAGAUAUUAUGGAUGAAAAUGCAUUGGAAUCACUUUAUGCUACUAUGGUCCCUCUUGCUUCUCAUGCAGAUUUUGAGCCUUAUAUUCAUAGAAUGGCUGACGGUGAAAUAGCUCCUCUCCUCACUCAAGAGCCUAUCACUACUCUGUCUUUAAGUUCUGGAACCACAGAGGGAAAACAGAAAUUUGUGCCAUUUACUCAUCACAGCUCCCAAACAACUCUUCAAAUUUUCAAGUUGGCAGCAGCUUAUAGAUCAAGGAUUUAUUCAAUAAGAGAAGGAGGAAAAGUUCUUGAAUUCAUAUACAGCAGCAAACAAUACAAAACAAGAGGAGGACUAAUAGCAGGAACAGCCACAACACACUAUUAUAAUAGUGAAGAAUUCAAGAUUAAACAGCAACACACAAAGUCUUUUACUUGUAGCCCUGAGGAAGUCAUUUCAAGUGGAGAUUAUAAACAAUCAACAUAUUGUCACCUCCUUCUCGGCUUGUAUUUUUGUGAGGAAGUUGAAUUUGUGACCUCAACUUUUGCAUAUAGCAUAGUUCAAGCAUUCAGAUCAUUUGAAGAGUUAUGGAAGGAAUUGUGCCAUGACAUUAGAGAAGGCAGCCUUAGCUCAAGAAUCAACAUAACAAAAGUCCGAAAAGCAGUCUUAGGUAUCACUUUGCCAAAUCCAGAGUUGGCAUCAAGAAUUGAAUCAAUCUGUGAGGAAGUAGAAAAGGCAGAUUGGUUUAGCAUAAUCCCAAGAUUAUGGCCAAAUGCUAAGUAUGUUUACUCAAUAAUGACUGGCUCAAUGCAACCAUACUUAAACAAAUUGAGGCAUUAUGCUGGGGAGUUGCCUUUAGUGAGUGCUGAUUAUGGGUCCACAGAGAGUUGGAUUGGAGUGAAUGUGGAACCUUCAUCUCCGCCAGAGAAAGUUACUUUUGCAGUGAUACCCACUUUCUCUUACUUUGAAUUCAUACCACUCCAUAGAAGUAAGUCACAAAGUUAUAAUAAUAACCACAAAGAUGCCAAUCUUCUAGCCACUGAUGAUUUCAUAGAAGAUGACCCUGUUCCCUUAUCUCAAGUCAAGAUUGGACAAGAGUAUGAGAUUGUCAUCACCACUUUCACAGGUCUUUAUCGGUAUAGAUUAGGGGAUGUAGUAGAAGUGGCCGGUUUUCACAAGAAAACCCCCAAACUCAACUUUAUAUGCAGGAGAAAGCUAAUACUGACAGUUAAUAUCGAUAAGAACACCGAGCAAGACCUUCAGUUAGUGGUGGAGAAAGGUUCACAAAUACUAAGCAAGUCAAGGGCUGAGCUAGUGGAUUUCACAAGCCAUGCAAAUAUAGCAAAAAGACCAGGCCACUAUGUGAUCUAUUGGGAAAUCAAAGGAGAUGUUGAAGAAAAAGUCCUUGGAGAGUGUUGCAGGGAAAUGGAUGCUUCUUUUGUGGAUCAUGGAUAUGUUGUGUCAAGAAAGACCAAUUCAAUUGGACCAUUGGAACUUUGCAUUGUGGAGAGGGGUACUUUUAAGAAGAUUUUGGAGCAUUUUAUUGGAAAUGGAGCAGCAAUGAGCCAGUUUAAGACUCCUAGAUGCACUAGCAACCAAGUUCUAUUAAGAAUCCUUAAUGUAUGUACCAUUAAGAGGUUUCAUAGCACAGCCUAUGAGUGAUAGAAAGUUUUAAUAUAAUUGAACAUGAAAUCUAUAGCUCCUAGUUUUCAACAUGACAAGUAAUUAACAUGUGGAGUGUACAAGUGAAUCAAAGUAAUAUUCAUAAAGGCAUCAAUAAUAUUUUUACUUUUGAAUAUUAUCAUUA